AUGUACGGAUACGAUUCCGCCUUCAUCGGGGGAACAAUCGCACUGCCUGCCUUCCAGGCGAAUUUCGGCCUCGCCGACGCUGAAAAUGGCGAGGCAGCAGACAUUUCGUCCAACGUCGUCUCCAUCUUCCAGGCAGGCGCCUUCUUCGGUGCAAUCUUUGGAUUUCUCUUCGCCGAGCGCUUCGGUCGUAAGCCAGUUAUCUUGGGAUCUGGCGUUGUUUUCUCAGCCGGUGCCAUUGUGCAGCUGGUUGGGCUAAUGUCGUUGCUGUACCUUGGUCGGGCCCUGACCGGGUUGGGAGUAGGUGCAUCGUCGACCAUCAUUCCCAUCUACAUCGCCGAGUGCUCCCCAGCUCUCAUCCGUGGUCGCCUGGUCGGUAUCUUCGAGAUCAUGCUGCAAAUCGCCCUCGUCUUCGGCUUCUGGGUCAACUACGGCGUCGAGAGGAACAUUUCCGACUCGGAUCAGAAACAGUGGAGGAUACCAGUGGCUGUCCAGCUGAUUCCUGCAGGCUUACUGCUCAUCUGCAUGGUUUGGAUGUGCGAGAGCCCCCGUUGGCUGGCAAGCAAGAACAAGAUGGACAGGGCGCACAAGGCCCUGGCCUGGGUCCGCAAUCUGCCCAUGGAGCAUGAAUACGUUGUUAAUGAAAUGGCCUUGAUUGAUGCAUCGCUCAGCCACGAGCUGGAGAUCACUGGUGGUGAACGCUCUCCUAUGCAGAUACUGAGGGAGUGCGCUGCCCCGGGGGUUCGCAAUCGACUCAUCAUCUCUGUCUUGUUGAUGCUCCUGCAGAACCUCACUGGUAUCAACGCAAUCAACUACUACUCCCCCACAAUCUUCAGGUCGAUCGGCUUCCAGGGCACUUCUGUCCAGCUGCUCGCAACCGGUGUCUAUGGCCUGGUCAAGAUGAUCACAACCCUGGUCUUCAUGAUCUGGAUUGUAGACCGAUUUGGCCGGAGACCUGCAUUGAUAGUCGGUGCAGUGGGCGCCGGUAUAGCCAUGUUCUACCUGGCCAUCUACUCCCAAGUCAGCGACUCCUUCAAGCGCAUCCCCCCCAGCGAUGGCGGUUCCCGAGCAGCCGUGGCAAUGGUAUACAUCUACGCCAUCUUCUACGGCUUCUCCUGGAACGGGAUCCCCUGGAUCUUCGCGUCCGAGGUUCUUCCCACGCGUGUUCGAACAAUCGGAAUGAUGUGCGCAGUAUGCAUGCAAUGGCUGGCACAGUUCAUGAUCGUCUACUCGCUGCCACACAUGGUCGAGGCCAUCUCUUUCGGCACCUUCUACUUCUUCGCUGCGUGCACGUUUGUGGCCUUGAUCUUCGCGUUUCUGUUUGUACCCGAGACCAAGGGCAUUCCCCUGGAGGACAUGGAUCUGUUGUUUGGCCGUGGAGCAGGAAUCUACGCCAGGGGGGCGCGUCAGAACUACGAGACAUGGAAGGGCACAAGAGGCCCGGUCAGCCUGCAGAAACAUGUUGGUGAUUAUUUAUCUCGGGUGGAAAAUGCACGAUAA